CCCCACCCAGCGCAGGUAGGUGCCCUCUGGGCAGGUAGGUAACCCCGUGCAGGUGAGUGCCCCCUGCUCAAGUAGGUGACCCCCGCGCAGAUGGAUGACCCCCGCGUAGGUAGGUGACCCCCGCAGGUAGGUGCCCCCGACUCAGUUAAGUGAUCCCCUCCCAGCGCAGGUAGGUGAUCUCUGCGCAGGUAGGUGACCCCCUGCAGGUAAGUGACCCCUGCUCAAGUAGGUGACCCCCGCGUAGGUCGGUACCCCCCAGCGCAGGUAGGUGGCCCCCGUGUGGUGGGGAUGCCGGCUGGUCCCGCAGCGGGUCUUGGGCCAGUCGCAGACCCGCAGGAACGACCUCCCUCCCUGCGGACGCCCGGGCGGGCAGCUGGUUGAGCUGCGUUCGGGAGGCGGAGGCCCGAGGUGCUGGGGAAUCGCGUGGACGCCGGUUGAUGGGGAGUCCAGCGAGUGAGACGGGCCCGCAGGGGGAAAUGACAAAUUGGCUGUCCUGGAACCUUGAGCCCCAGACUGGACCCCAGAAGGGCAGGAGCCAGUGAGAGGACCGCGUCGUCCCAGCAACAAGUUCUUGUAGUGACAGAUCAGGGGUGUGACCUCCAUCCACACCCCGGCUCCCCCAGGUACAGGAAGCACCUGAGUGGAGGCUUUCCUCAGCGGGGCCAGAGAUGGCGUCCGUGGACUUCAAGACCUACGUGGACCAGGCCUGCCGCGCCGCUGAGGAGUUCGUGAAUGUGUACUACACCACCAUGGACAAGAGACGGCGGCUGCUGUCCCGCCUGUACAUGGGCACGGCCACCUUGGUGUGGAACGGCAAUGCCGUUUCGGGACAAGAGUCCUUGAGUGAGUUUUUUGAGAUGCUGCCUUCCAGUGAGUUCCAAAUCAACGUGGUAGACUGCCAGCCCGUUCAUGAUGAAGCCACCCCGAGCCAGACCACGGUCCUCGUGGUGAUCUGUGGGACAGUGAAGUUUGAGGGCAACAAACAGCGGGACUUCAACCAGAACUUCAUCCUGACAGCCCAGGCCUCGCCCAGCAACACGGUGUGGAAGAUUGCCAGCGACUGCUUCCGGUUCCAGGACUGGGCCUGCUAGUGGCAUGGGGAGACACCCCCAGACUGAGCUCUGUGCUCCCUCGAGUCCCAGGGGCCCUUUUCUCGGCGUACACUUGUUUGUCAUAGCUGCCUUUCCAAAGUAGUAAAAUUCUCUAUUUUUCUACUUGCCCAGUAGAGACCCUGUCUCUGGAAAUUCUGAUGAAUAAAACGAUAAUAUGAACGUUGCUUCUUUUC